CAAACAGGAAAAAUGCCCGCCGUGUUGCCUAGUGUGGCAGAACAACUUUUCCAAGAUAUCCGUAAAAUAUAUCGUGACACUGCCCAAAUUCCUGAUGACUUGCUGAUUGCGCUCCAGUUUGUUUUUGGGCCCUGCGCAGUACAAGCUUUGGAUCUGGUUGACCAGCGUUCAGUCACCUGUCUGUCAUCGCCCAGUGGACGCAAGACCUUCCAGGUCACGGGCGGCUCCGGGAGUUUGUACACUUGCUUCACAUCCUGCCACUUCUGCCCGUGUCCUGCCUUCGCCUACAAGGUACUGCGUAGGAACGAAAGCCUGCUGUGCAAACACAUUCUGGCUGUGUACCUGUGCGAGGCCAUGGGUGUGACUCACACCCAAAGUGUGUCGGACGAGCAGAUGACAGCGGUGCUUAGUGGGACUUUGUCACCGUGA